AUAGCCUGAGGAUGGAUGUGACUAGGGUAGGGCCAGCUGGGAAGCUGUGGAAGACCCAGCUGUUAAGCCUUUCAUGAGGAGGAAGCUGGGCGUGACACCUCGCACCCCACCUAAACCACUUAAAAACCUACUAGUUCUCCCUUCAAAAAUCUCAAGAACCUGUGAACCGGCAGAGGAGGUGUCGGAAUGGAGGCACUGGAGCACGGGAUACUGCAAUCUCCUUCGGAAUCAAGGUGAUUAAAGAUUUGUCACCUGGACUUGAGCAAUUUGGAAAGCGAAUUGAAGGGGAUUCUUCAGCUUCGACCAUGGCAGGAGGUGCGAUCAUAAGCAACAAUGGAGGGGCAGAAUACCCAGGGAAGAUGACGCUCUUUGUUUUCCUCACCUGCCUUGUGGCCUCCUCUGGGGGACUUAUCUUUGGUUAUGACAUCGGGGUUUCUGGUGGGGUGACGUCGAUGGAUUCAUUCUUGCUAAAGUUCUUCCCGUCAGUUUACAAGGAGGAGAAGGAGAACGUAAGCACCAACCAAUACUGCAAGUUUGACAGCCAGCUUCUUACUGCCUUCACAUCAUCUCUAUACUUAGCAGCGCUCAUUGCUUCAUUCGUUGCAUCUACAAUGACAAGAAUGUAUGGGAGGAGAUGGUCAAUGUUUGUGAGUGGAGUUUCCGUUCUCGUGGGUUCUGCCCUUAAUGGUUUAGCAGAGAAUGUGCUCAUUCUCAUCGUUGGUCGCAUCCUUCUUGGUGUUGGUGUAGGAUUCGCGAAUCAGUCUGUACCAGUGUAUCUUUCUGAGAUGGCACCUGCGAGGCUUCGAGGCAUGCUCAAUAUUUGUUUCCAACUCAUGACUACAAUUGGGAUAUUUGUUGCCAAUGUUGUCAACUAUGGAACUGCUAAAAUUAGUGGUGGGUGGGGUUGGCGCGUUAGCCUUGCGCUUGGUGCUGUUCCUGCUGUGAUUAUAACCAUUGGCUCACUGUUUCUCUUUGACACCCCUAACUCGCUUAUUGAGCGUGGCCAUAAAGAGAAGGCUAAAGUUGUGCUCUCCAGGAUUCGUGGCACUGAUGAUAUCUAUCAUGAGUAUGAUGAUCUGGUGGUAGCCAGUGAGGAGUCCAAAGCUGUGAAACACCCCUGGUCUAAUAUACUAAAGAGGAAGUAUCGACCGCAGCUCACCAUGGCCAUCCUCAUCCCCUUCUUCCAACAAGUCACUGGCAUUAACGCUAUCAUGCUAUAUGCUCCUGUUCUCUUCAAGACAAUUGGUUUUGGCACCGAGGCCUCCCUCAUGUCUGCUGUAAUUAUUGGUGUUGUCAAAGUCCUUUCGACGUUAGUCUCCAUUGCCACCGUCGACAAGCUCGGUAGGAGGGUGCUCUUUUUACAAGGUGGCACACAAAUGAUCAUAUGCCAGAUUAUAGUGGGGACAUUGAUUGCGAUCAAGUUUGGGACUGAGGGACAUGCAAUUGUAUCAAAACCUUAUGCUAUCUCUGUGGUGGUGUUCAUUUGCCUCUAUAUGGCUGGCUUCGCAUGGUCAUGGGGUCCACUUGGAUGGUUGGUCCCUAGUGAGAUAUUUCCUCUUGAGAUCCGGUCGGCAGGCCAAAGCAUCACAGUCUCCGUCAAUAUGUUUGUUACCUUCGUCAAUGCGCAAAUAUUCCUUACUCUCUUUUGCCACAUGAAAUUUGGGCUCUUCUACUUCUUUAGUGGGUGGGUGACCAUGAUGACCAUCUUUAUUGCCCUAUUCCUACCUGAGACCAAGAAUGUGCCCAUUGAAGAGAUGGUCCUUGUGUGGAAAAAACAUUGGUUUUGGGGCAAGUUCAUUGCUGAUGAGGAUGUUCAUGUUGGAAAUAUUGGGAUGAGCAACAGCAAACCAUGAGCCACUGACGGAUGAUCUGUUUAGAAUUCUUUUCUUUCUUUUAUUUGUUGUAAUCGAGCUUAAAAAUCUUGACCUCUUGUGGCCACCUAUAUCACUCAUGAAGACUUCGAGCUGAAGAAAACAAAUUAUGAAUGAAUAAAGCACAAUUUGUACGCUUUGUAG